GCGGCACCGAGAGGCACCGAGCGGCACCGAGAGGCACCGAGCGGCACCGAGCGGCACCGAGAGGCACCGAGCGGCACCGAGAGGCACCGAGCGGCACCGAGCGGCACCGAGCGGCACCGAGCGGCACCGAGAGGCGCCGAGAGGCACCAAGAGGCACCGAGCGGCACCGAGAGGCACCGGGCGGCCCCUCCGCAUCGAGCAGCCGCUCCGCAGGGCGAGUGCGGUCCCUCCGCAGUGCGCGGCCGUGCCGCUGUGCCGGCGGGAGCGCCCGCAGCCGCUCCGGGCUGUGCCGUGCCGUGCCGGGCUGGGCUGGGCUGUGCUGUGCCGGGCUGUACCGGGCUGUGCCGGGCUGUGCCGUGCCGGGCUGUGCUGUGCCGGGCUGUGCCGUGCUGGCCAGCAGCGAACAGAGAGGCUCUGCACUGACGUCACAAUGACACGGUGAGGCUGAAGAAAGGAGCUGGGAACAUUCUUCUGCUUCUCUUGUGGUAGCUGAGCGAGUUUGCCCCACCACCUUCCUGCCAGCAUGGCCAAGAGUGCAGAAGUGAAGCUGGCGAUCUUCGGUCGGGCUGGCGUGGGCAAGUCAGCUCUCGUGGUGCGUUUCCUGACCAAGAGGUUCAUCUGGGAGUACGACCCCACGCUGGAGUCGACAUACCGUCACCAAGCUACCAUUGAUGAUGAGGUGGUUUCCAUGGAGAUACUAGACACAGCUGGCCAGGAGGAUGCCAUUCAGAAGGAAGGACACGUGCGGUGGGGCGAGGGCUUCGUGCUGGUGUACGACAUCACGGACAGGGGCAGCUUCGAGGAGAUGCUGCCGCUCAAGAACCUGCUGGACGAAGUCAAGAAGCCCAAAAACGUCACCCUGAUCCUGGUGGGGAACAAAGCAGACCUGGAUCACUCCAGGCAAGUCAGCACGGAGGAAGGUGAAAAGCUGGCCACGGAACUUGCCUGCGCCUUCUACGAGUGCUCGGCUUGCACGGGAGAGGGGAACAUCGUGGAGGCGUUCUACGAGCUGUGCCGCGAGGUGCGGCGCCGCAAGAUGGUGCAGGGCAAGACCAGGAGGAGAAGCUCCACCACCCACGUCAAGCAGGCCAUCAAUAAGAUGCUCACCAAAAUCAGCAGCUAAAAAAAAAAAGGGCUGUCCCGAGGCAGGGAAGCGUUUUGGAGCGUGUUAGCUUGGAGUGGGGAUGGGGCAACGGUCAAAUCUUCGCAACGAGGCAAGAAACCAAAAAGACAAACUUUUUUGAGUGCUGUUUUCCUGUUUUGAAAUGUAUUUAGCCACAGUGCUUCUGACUAAUGUGGGAUAAAAAAAAAAGCCACCAAGAAAAGAAAAUAAACACCAAAUGAACUCCAAAGGACUAGACAAUUGUGGGGAUUGGCAACCAAGAGAGAAUCUUCUGCUUCUACGUGGCUAGCUCCAAUCCCCUGCAAGUCAGUAGUGCCUAAACACCAUUUCCAGCCAGACAGCUGCUCAGUAGCCAUUGGAGAGUAAGAUUCAGCCCUCAGUCCAUCAACAACCAGCACACCUGGUGUUCUCCAGGACUGAAUAUGUGUAGAGGCUGCUGUGUUGAAUCAGAAAGUUCACCUGACACCUUCACCAGCUCUAAGUUGGCUCAUUGUAUGCCUGCACUCCUUCCUUGUUAUUUUUGUCAAAUCCAUAACUGUUGAUGUUCUUAGCAAGGUAUGCAAAAAAUACAGGAAAGGUCUAUUACCUGGGGUGUUUAGCCAGACACACAUUUCAAGAGAGAUGAAGUUCAGCUGCUCUUCCAGCUCCUCUGAAACUGCAGAAUUCUCCAGAAAUAAUCAUCUAGUCCAGCAGCAUUUCAGCAUUUCCUCCUGAAAAUGUAGUACUGUGCUUGGGGAAAUGGGAGUAUGGAAAUUCAAACUGAAAAAAAGAGAACCAUAUUACUAAUGGUUGAGCUAUGGGUAGUUUUUAGCUUUUUUGUUUUUUUUCUUUUUCUUUCUUUUUUUUUUUUUUUUUAAUUCAAGUAGUUCCUCUUAGUCUAUUUUAUACCUAAAAAGAACUGAAUCCUUGGGAAGGCAAGUACUUAAAGUCUAAGCCCAAAUGUAAAUCACUCUGAAUGGCCUCUACCAUAUCAAAAGACCAUAAUUUUCAGCUGUUUAAGCUUCCAGACGCUGCUUGGAGCACUCUGGGGCUUAAAGCAGUGCAGGUUUUUUGUGACUUUUAUUUGGCACAUUGAAGCAGAAACGCAUUUUGUCAGAUUUUGGUGCCUGGGAUAAAACACCUUUUUUCCUUCUCCCUCAUCAUUUCAUUUAAGCCAGCUAUCAAGUUGGCAGCUCAUGGGCUGGGAUGAUAAAUUAGCAGUAUUCUCCUUUGAGCAACAGCCCCCUUGUAUUCUCCUCUGCCUUGUACUUCAUUGGUUGUUUGUGAGGAAGUAACUCCAAAGGCUAUCAAAUGCAAAUUGCCACAGAUGUAGGAAAGUGAGUAAAUCCAACUGGCUGGCACUUUGUGGAGUUAUACAUGGCCAUGCAGGUGGAACAGGCAGAUCUGUAUAUCCCAGUGAACACAGAAAAGUUCCAAAUUAACACUUCUAUUAAAAGUAUCCACUUAAAGAUAUUUUACCAAAUUAAAUUUUUUUUUGAACUUUCACUUUUACCCAACCAGCAAAGAACAUCACAUUCAGAUGUGUAUUUUAUUUGGGCUGUUGUUUGUUUUCUCUGUUUUCUAGGUGGUAAAAACUCAUUUCACUGUCCUGGAGUCAAUGUCUGUGUUUUUGUCCUCACAUGUGUUCACAUGUGUUGCUGCACAUCAGCUGGACACACUGCAGUGGAAACUUCACUGUGUGCUUCUGGGCAGGGGGUUCCUGCAACAGGCCUCUGUGACACACUUGUUCCCAAACUUCUCAUUAUAUCAUUAACUUAAAAAAAUACAUUAAAAAAAAAAAAAUAGA